AUGCCUGCGUGUGCCCUUUCACACUUGCAUGCAAGCGCGAGGAUACCUGGUCGUGACUGUUGUGAAUUUUCUCUGCAGGAGCCGACACCGAUCCAACGGCAGGCCAUUCCCAUCGGACUGCAGAACAGGGACAUCAUUGGCGUGGCGGAGACGGGCAGUGGAAAGACUGCUGCCUUCCUGAUCCCGCUGCUGGUCUGGAUCACCACCUUGCCCAAACUUGACAGAAUCGAGGAGUCAGACCAGGGCCCCUACGCCAUCAUCCUGGCCCCGACCCGCGAGCUUGCGCAGCAGAUCGAGGAAGAAACCAUCAAGUUCGGCAAACCCCUGGGCAUCCGCACGGUGGCAGUGAUCGGGGGCAUUUCCCGGGAGGACCAGGGAUUCCGGCUGCGGAUGGGCUGUGAGAUUGUGAUUGCCACCCCCGGCCGCUUGAUCGACGUGCUGGAGAAUCGGUAUCUGGUGCUGAGCCGCUGCACGUACGUGGUUCUGGACGAGGCUGACAGGAUGAUCGAUAUGGGAUUCGAGCCCGACGUGCAGCGGAUCUUGGAACACAUGCCCGUCAGUAACCAGAAACCUGACACCGAUGAGGCCGAGGACCCAGAGAAGAUGAUGGCCAACUUUGAGCUGGGCAAGCACAAGUACAGGCAGACAGUGAUGUUCACCGCCACCAUGCCCCCGUCAGUGGAGAGACUGGCUCGCAGUUACCUGCGCAGACCUGCCGUGGUUUACAUCGGUUCUGCCGGCAAGCCCCACGAGAGGGUGGAGCAACGUGUCUACCUGAUGUCAGAGGGCGAGAAGAGGAAGAAGCUGCUGACCCUGCUGGAACAAGGUUUCGACCCACCCAUCAUCAUUUUCGUCAACCAGAAGAAAGGCUGCGAUGUGCUGGCCAAGUCCCUGGAGAAGAUGGGGUACAACGCCUGCACUCUGCAUGGUGGGAAGGGACAGGAGCAGAGAGAGUUUGCUCUGUCGAAUCUGAAGGCUGGCGCCAAGGACAUCCUGGUAGCCACUGACGUGGCCGGCCGUGGUAUUGACAUUCAUGAUGUGUCAAUGGUACUCAACUACGACAUGGCAAAGAACAUUGAAGAUUACAUCCAUCGUAUCGGGCGGACGGGCAGAGCUGGGAAGAGCGGAGUUGCCAUCACUUUCCUGACCAAGGAGGACUCCUCCGUCUUCUACGACUUGAAGCAGGCCAUCUUGGAGAGCCCCGUCUCCUCCUGCCCCCCCGAGCUGUCCAACCAUCCCGAUGCCCAGCACAAGCCGGGCACCAUCCUCACCAAGAAAAGGAGAGAGGAGACCAUCUUCGCCUAGGCAUCCUUCCUCCCGCUGAGACUCAUCCCCAUGGGCAGGUGGAGAGGGUGAGAGAGAAGGGGGAGGGUCAGAUAUUUUUCCUGUAUUUAAUAUUUACCCUCACCCCAUCAGAGAGGGGAGGAAAUUUUGCUGCAUUUAGUAUUCAGUCUUCCAUUCCUCCGUCCUUGUGAAUCGCUUCCCCACCCUCUUCAUUGUUCCCUCCCUUCCCCACCACACUCCCUCUGUUCUUCCCACAUCUUCCUCUCCACCUCCAUUCCCCUCAGCACCCCCCCCCAGCCUCCAGAUGAGUGUAGAUGAUGCAUGUCACUGUUUCUGCCCCCAUCAAACCACCGCCCCCCCCCAUCCUGACUUGUUCAGCAACCCCUUCCUUGUUGGGGUUGGGUCCAGUCAGGAGUUGGUCCGGGGUUUGGUGUGGGUGGGUGGAGGGUAGGUUAGGUCCAGGAGUGAGGUUGUGGGCUCCAAACACUUGCUGUUGUCCUCACAGAACUGGGUCGAGGGGGUGGUGAGGGAGACCCAUGGGAUGGUCAGUGACCUAACACCCCCACCCAGUUCUGAGUGUCUGCUCCUGGUCUUGUACAUUCCACAGGGAGAUGUGUUCCCAAGUCCUCUCCCUCCACCUCUCAUUGCCCCUCAUCUCCCUUCUUCCCUCACUUCCUCCCUUCCCUCAUUCCCCCCUCCCACUCUCCCCUUGCCCUCUCUUCCUUUUUCCCUUUGGCCCAGGCUCCACUGUUAGAUCGGAGUAUAUAAAUGUAUAUGUUUAAAUCCUUUCUAUGGCUGAAUAAAGGGAGACUAUUGUUUUACAUUUCA